AUGUUCUCUCCCUGCGAGUGCGUGAGGCGAGGCGGCAGGAGGACCAUUAAAAUGAUCCGGUUCCGGAGCUCGAGCAUCAGGUCUCUUGAGCCAGGAGAGAUGAAAUGCACCAUCCGGCUCCUGGACGACUCCGAGAUCUCCUGUCACAUCCAGAGAGAGACCAAAGGGCAGUUUCUCAUAGAUCAUGUUUGCAAUCACUACAGUUUGCUGGAAAAAGACUACUUCGGAAUUCGCUAUGUGGAUCCUGAAAAGCAGCGGCACUGGCUUGAGCCCAACAAGUCUAUCUGCAAGCAAAUGAAAUCUCAUCCACCAUAUACCAUGUGCUUUAGAGUGAAAUUCUACCCACAUGAACCCUUGAAGAUUAAAGAAGAGCUUACCAGGUACCUCAUGUAUCUACAAAUCAAAAGAGAUAUUUUCCAUGGCCGUUUGCUAUGCUCUUUUUCUGAUGCUGCUUAUCUGGGUGCAUGUAUUGUUCAAGCUGAGCUUGGUGACUAUGAUCCUGAUGAACAACUGGACAAUUAUAUUGGUGACUUUAAGAUUUUUCCCAAACAGUCCCAAAAGCUGGAAAGAAAAAUAGCUGAAAUACAUAAAAAUGAAUUCAGGGGUCAGAGUCCUGCUGUUGCUGAGUUUAAUUUGUUACUGAAAGCAUAUUCAUUAGAAACAUAUGGUGUUGAUCCCCAUCCUUGCAAGGAUUCAACAGGGACCACAACAUUUUUAGGAUUUACAGCUGCAGGUUUUGUAGUUUUUCAGGGAAAUAAAAGAAUACAUUUGCUAAAAUGGUCUGAUGUCUAUAAAUUAAAAUUUGAAGGGAAGACAUUCUAUGUGAUUGGAAUUCAGAAGGAGAAAAAGGCUAUGCUGUCAUUCCAUACCUCUACACCAGCAGCCUGCAAGCAUCUUUGGAAAUGUGGAGUAGAAAACCAGGCUUUUUAUAAGUAUGCAAAAUCCAGCCAAAUCAAGACUAUGUCUAGCAGCAAGAUUUUUUUAAAGGGCAGCAGGUUUCGCUACAAUGGAAAAGUUGCCAAAGAGGUUGUUGAAGCAAGUUCUAAAAUCCAGAGGGAGCCCCCUGAAGUGCACAGAACCAGCAUGAUGCAAAGCCGUAGUUCCCAUUCCUUGAACAAACAGCUCAUCAUUAAUAUGGAGCCUCUGCAACCUCUCCUUCCUUCUCCUGAUGACCAAGAAGAUAUUCCUUCUGAUGAAGGGGAAGACCCUGCCAUCAGCUCCCACCUGGUCCAGCAUGACCCCAUCCCUGUGUUUCUUCCUGGAAGUCUUACAGCUUGGGAAUCUGGCUGUUUCUCCAUGCCACGUGAUUCUCCCUCCCAUGUUCGUGCCCCCAGGUGUCUUGGUAUCCAGCUGCCCAAGGAAGAUGAUGUUUCAGUACCUAUGCUAUCGAGCUCUCCUGCCAAGGAAGCAGAGGAUAGUUCAGACCUUUCUAUUGGAGAAGAAGAGAAAAUCAAAGAGGACCCUUUAACUAUUUCUGAGUUGGUGUACAACCCAAGCACCAGCUUGCUUCCCACGCCAGUCAAUGAUGAGGAGAUUGACCUGCUUUUUCAAACCUCUCCUAGAGGAGAAAAUGGGAAAGAAGAUACAGAUUCAUUUGAAGAACUGGAGGCAGAUGAAAAUGCAUUUUUGGUUGCAGAGGAAGAGGAGCUGAAAGAAGCUCGGAAAGCACUUAGGUGGAGCUAUGACUUUUUGAUGGGUAAUUUGAAGGUAAAUGCUGUUGUGAAGAGUUUUUCCAGACUUCUUCUUGUUGGGCUUGGAAUACUGCUAAUUGUUUUCCCUCUGCUACUUGUGCUUUUGGAAUCAGACGUCAAUAUCUCCUUUCUCCAUGAAAUCCGACAGACACCAGAGUUUCAGCAGUUUCACAUUGAAUAUUACUGCCCUCUUCGACAGUGGGUAGCCUGCAAAAUAAAUUUUGUCAGUCACUUGCUUGAUAGCUCUUAAAUGUUAAAACUAUAUGACAUGACUAAGGGCUAUAUUCAAAACUCGUGAAUUUCAGGCAGUACUAGGUGCUUACUCACAAACAUCUUCAGGGCCAUCAGCCAGUAGUUCUUCAUUUUUGAACAAUAGUGGACUUCAAAAUUCGUAAUAUUUCUUUCCAUCAUCAGAUAGCUGGCUUAGCUACAUGGUGGCCUUUGAAUAACCAAAAAGCUAUUUGAUUUACAUUGUAUCAUUUUGUUAAUAACUUUACAGAACUGCAAUUUUUCACCUGUAUCAUUAUAACAGCAUUAACAGCAAAGAGAAGGUGAUGUUUUUGAAUAUACUCCUUAGUGAAACAAUCUACUAACCAAUGCCUAUACAAGCAACGUUGAUUGCUGGGAUUUUAUUUCUUGGUUUGAUUUUUCAUUUACAAAAUAUUUUUAUGUGUUUACAAGAUUUUGGUAAAUUUUUAGCAAAGACAACUUCUGAAGAUAUUUAAGUGUACAGAUUGGUAAAAAAUGCACAAGGGCACAUCAAGAAUUUUAAAAAUGUUUUAGCAAUUUUUUUAAAAAAAUGAAGAAUGAAAAUUCUUACAAAUCUGUACAUGAUGACAAACAGCUGCAGAAAAAAGUAGGUUGUUCACUUAAGUAUUGACAGGGCCUGAGAGAUAGAGAUGAAAUUAUACCAGGUAUUCAAAGGCUGGGUAUCUGGGGUUCAACUGAACAUUCAGAAGCAAUGUUAGCUUUCCAGUGUUAUGUUUGCCUUGUUAUACUAGCGUAGGGCCAGGGGGCUUGGCAGACAGGAAUGAAUGCUCAACUUUUCAUUUGCCUAAUGAUUCUUCCCUUCACAUACCCCCCUGGGCCAUUUCCCAGACUCCCAGACUGAAGAAAACCCUGCUGGCUUAUGGGAAAUGACCAGAGGAUAAUUUUGAAAAGAACAAUCAGUUUGUUUCAGUGACCCCUCCCAUUUACCAAUUCUUUCCUGUAAAUGCCACCCUCGCACUCAUAGAAACAGGCAAGAAAAUUGGCUUAAUGUGCUGGUUAGCCCUUACAAUUUUACAAGGAAGAGAAAGAGAGAGAUGUUUUUGACAAGGUGGCAAUUUAGUUUUUAUUGUGGUUUGUCAUCAUAUACAUCAGUGGGGUAAUGGGUGGUCUUGGCAAGGCAGUGCAAGUACAGUUUUGUAAGAGAUUUAGGGAAUUUUGGAUUAAUUGUAGAUUAUUGUAUAUAACAGGAAAAAUGAAUAAUAAAAUCAAUGCCUAGAUAGGUGUACGUAAAUAGAUAAUAGUUAAAAAUACACCGGUCUCUAAAAAUAGAGACAAUCUCUGUGAAAAGCAUCCUGCCCAGAUUCCCAAUCAUUUGAAGAUAAAUUCUUAGUCUCUGAUUCCAUUCAUUACUGUUUCAUAAUAAAUCCCAGAGUCAUCAUUUCAUGUUUUAUUCCUGCGCAUGCUAUCUGUUUUAUCUGUUAUGAGUGGUAAAAGAUUCACAUGAUUUAUUCAUGUCCAUGUGAUGGUGGUAUGUGAUUAUCUUUUGUUGUCUUAAGAUGCUAUAAAUGCAUAAACCUCAUGUGUUUAGAGAUUAUCAAUGACCCCAGUGUCCAACUUGGCCUUUUGUAUUGUACAACUUUGCUGGAUACAGGAUUUUCCUUCUGUCAUCCAUAUACCAAUCUGAAUUCUCAUUCAGAUAAUCCCUGCACAGCUGCCAGUUGAUAGUUUUCCUGUGUGAAAACAUGUUAGCUCCAUUAUUGCUGUUAGAAUGGUGGUUCUUUAUUAUUUUACUUUUCUGGAGUUGAUCAGAGUAUAGUGUUCUUUUGAAUGUGAAUAUAAAUUGCCCUCAGAAGAAGUUGUUGAGGCAACUAAGUCUUCAGGGGUUUUUAUCCAUGAUGAAAGUAACAUAUUUGACAUGUAAAAACAGAAGUAUGGCACAAAUUAGCUCACAUGAAUCAUUAAGCUCUAUUGAUUUCUAUACAACCCAGAUGUACUUUAAGGUGCAUCAGAUUGUGACUGUAAUUUGCACAAUAAAAAGUUCAGUAAUUCUCUAGGGGAAACUUUGAUUCCCUGAUUCACAGUUUUGUAGAGACUCAGCAGAGAUCCCAUGCAUUGAAUAAAUUACUGAAUCAUGGUACAAGUCUGUAGGUUGUUUUCUCUUUUCUGCACUGAGCUAGUUUGGGCACUCUGCCUAUUGUGGUUUUUCUUUCUUUAUCCUUCUCUUUAUUUAACCUUAUGAGCUGUUCUUCUGAGUCCCCCAAAAAAGGUGUGGUUUUACCUUCAAAUUUUGCCAUUCGUAACAUAUCCAUUCCUUUUGAGAAUAAAUGCUUAUCAGUAGUUUGAUGCAUGUUUAGUUCAUUGGUAACUUCUAGUUGAAUUUUUUCCUAUGAAACAAAAAUCCAUUAAGAAGAUCUUUGGUUUCCAAAUCAAAAAGAACAGUCAUUUAGGGAAUUGUUAUAGAAAUAGAUAACAUUGGAUUUGCUGUACUAAAAAAAGUCAAGCUCUGUUCUGAACCCUUAUAUAAUUUACUCCUUAAUUAUAAACAGUUAGGUCUGGAGUUUUAUAAUGUAGUCUUGUCCAUGUCAUAGAGCUCCCAAAUCAUUAGGAGUAUGAUUUAAGUUGAUGAGAGAAGGGGUGGGGGGAGAACUGCAUGAGGGACAAGUUAUGUCAAGGAAUGGACUGCAAUAAGAAUACACGUAGAGUUCAAUGCAAGUGCAUGUACAUGGAAUGUAUAGAUGUAUAUACGCACCUUUGGCCCUUUAGAACUGUCCUAAGGUGAUAUCCAUUGAAUAAUGAGUACAAAUUACAUCUUUUCAAGAGAACAGAAAUUAGAAUCAACUGAGGGGGGAGGGUGUAUAUAAUCUAUAGCAUGUACUGCAUAGACCAAAAUGGUCUGGAAAUGACAGAGCUGGUGUAUGAAAAGUUCAUAGGUACAGUAUUGUGUGUUUCUGUCUGUGCUUGGAAUAUAUUGUAAAGCAUUAUGUACUUGAAAUUUUUUUGUGAUUUGUCUAAUAUUUAUAAACACAACUCUGGGAAGAAUUAAAUAGGGUUUAUUUCACUUAAAUGCAAACAACACAAGAAUACAAAAACCUUGGGGGAAAUGUACCAAUAGACUCAAGCCUUAUCUUUGUAAAGUGAUUUCAUAUUUCUAUGUCAACACCUUGAUUGUUUUAUAUGUUAAUAUAACAGGACUCCCUAAUAAAAAUACAUUGGAAAAAACCACUCUGCAAUUAUAUGCUUUUUACUAUACAAUAAAGUUAUUUGCUAAAAGAAUA